AUGUCGGUUCUUCUUGCAAGAGCCUGCCAAUCCACAAACUCUAGUCCCCUGUACACGCAAUGCUGGAGUCAUCUAUCUUCGUCUCAGAUCCUGGCUCGCUUGUUCCACUCCUCUCAGCCGCAUCAUCUCUCACGUGAAGAGAGUCGUGCCAGAAAGAAUGCAAAACGGCGUGAGAAAUAUGCCAACGACAAGGAGUUUCGUGAAAAGACGCUUCAAUACAAACGCGAGAAAUACGCCAAUGAUCCGGAAUACCGCAAGAAAGUGCACGCCUGGGUGGCCAAGCUCAGGGCCAAGUUAUCGGCGGAAGAUCCUGAUCGUAAGAAACGACCUGCUCCCUCUCGCGAGAAGCUUGACGAAGUUAAUGCCAAACAUCGCGAGAGGUGGGCAAAUGACGAAGAAUAUCGCGAGGCGAAACUCGCCUCAAUUGUUCAAUAUAGGGCCAAGAAGGCAGCAGAUAAGCCUGAACGGCGACCCCCUCCGACAAAGGAUGAAAAAGCGGCCAAAGCUCGCGAGCGGUACGCAGAUGACCCGGAGUAUCGCGCCAGAAAGCUCGCCUCGGCAACUCGUUGGUAUGAGGUCAAGGGAAGAGCAAAAAUGCCGAAAACUCGUCGCGAGCGGUACGCAAAUGACCCGGAGUAUCGCGCAAAAGCACUCGCCUCGGCAGCUCAUUGGUAUGAGGUCGAGGGGAGAGCAAGAAAGCAAGAAGCCUACGAUCAGAGAGUGCAAGAACAGCUAGUAGCGCGAGAACAGGAAGCACACAAACAUAUUAGGCAUGUCAACUGGUAUCUACAGUCCGAAACGGAUUCACAAGAGCGAACUGAAGACGUGCAAGUUCCUGGAUACCACCCGAGAACCUCAGAUGAACAAGACAUCGAGUCUGAACAACACCUCGCUGAAAAUCUCGCAUUCACGGACAUCUCACCUCCUCCUCCUCCACCAUCACCCAAACAGAUACGCAACCUCCAUGAAUGGGUGACGCUAAAAGAUUGGCAUUAUGCGCUUCUUGCAAUAAAAUCAUGGUACGGCCAUUGUGGUGGCAUCGUCUCGAAGCUGAGCAGUCUGGUGCCAGGCCUCUUGACUGCCAUGAAUGUUUUUGUCACAAGAAUUGGUUAA